AACAAAGGGACAAAAAUGGAGUUUGAAUUUUGUGUAUUCCUGUUCAGUUUUGUCUAGGUAUGAAAACCAGAUCACUAUUUUGUCAGACUACUUAGAAGAAUUUCCAGAAACUGAUGAACCAGUGUGGAUUCUAGGAAGGCAACACCACCUAAACACAGACAAAUCUAAGUUAUUGUUGGAUAUACGUGGUCGUCUCUGGUUUACAUACAGAAGAAAGUUUUCGCCUAUUGGAGGCACUGGUCCUUCGUCUGAUGCUGGCUGGGGCUGUAUGCUGCGCUGUGGGCAGAUGAUGCUGGCACAAGCACUGAUCUGCAGACAUUUAGGAAGAGAUUGGCAAUGGGAAAAACACAAAAAGCAACCAGAAGAAUACCAUAGAAUCUUACGGUGCUUUCUAGAUAGAAAAGAUUGCUGUUAUUCCAUCCACCAAAUGGCACAGAUGGGUGUUGGAGAGGGGAAAUCAAUUGGAGAAUGGUUUGGACCAAAUACAGUUGCUCAAGUACUGAAGAAGCUUGCCUUAUUUGAUGAAUGGAAUUCAUUAGCAGUUUAUGUAUCUAUGGACAACACGGUGGUCAUUGAAGACAUCAAGAAAAUGUGCUGGUCCCCUCCCCAGAGCAGCGGCGUGGCCCACAGCAGUGCACACCUGCACAGAAGUGCUCUUGCCCGAAAUAAGAACACAGCAGGAUUCUGCACAGGCUGGAAGCCCCUCUUGCUUAUUAUACCUCUACGGCUAGGGAUAAAUCAUAUAAAUCCAGUAUAUAUUGAUGCGUUUAAAGAAUGCUUUAAGAUGCCACAGUCUUUGGGAGCAUUAGGAGGGAAACCAAAUAAUGCCUAUUAUUUCAUAGGAUUUUUAGGCAACGAGCUGAUCUAUUUGGACCCUCACACCACUCAGAGUUUUGUAGACUGGGAAGAAAAUGGCACAGUUGAUGACCAGAGCUUCCACUGCCAGCAAGCCCCACACAGAAUGAAGAUCAUGAAUUUGGACCCUUCAGUAGCUUUAGGCUUCUUUUGCAAAGAAGAAUGUGAUUUUGAUAACUGGUGUAGUCUUGUACAAAAGGAGAUUCUAAAGCAACAGAGCCUACGGAUGUUUGAGCUGGUCCAGAAGCAUCCGCCACACUGGCCUCCUUUCGUACCGCCAGCAAAGCCAGAAGUGACAACUACAGGAGCAGAACUCAUUGAAUCUACUGACAAGCUAUUUGAAAUGGAAGAAGAAUUUGAAAUCCUGAGUGUCUGAAGGAAACUGCGGUGACCCUCUGAGUAUGGAACGUAUCGCUAACAUUAUUGCAUUGACUUAAAUCAAACAGCCAUGUUAGCCCCAAAGUGCCUGAAAUUACAGAUAACAGAGCACAAAAACCUAGUAGCAUCCAAAACUCCAAUGUGACAGUUCCUGCUGUCAAAGAGCUUCCCCAGAUGGAAAGGCAGUAAAAGAUCUUUUAAUAGAUGACCCUUAAAGGGAACCUCUUGUUAUGAUGUGUCUUAUCUGAAGACAAAUGGACCUUUGAGAUUAAGGCAAAAGUAAGUAUGACACUGGGGGUUGGAGAAAGGGAUAACACCAAAUGGGUAUUUCUUGCUCUCAUAUAAUGCAAUAGUUUAGUUCUUAAAGCAAAACAGUCUUCAAUUAAGGAGGAUGUUUACUUCUGCUCCCUCCUGUCGGCUGCAUCGUAGGAAAAUACAUUGUCUUGUUUAAAAGAUCGACUGGAUCAGAAGCAAAUUGUUUCCUUGUUAAAUAUUUUAACAUGUAUUUGAGCAACCAUACUUUAUUACAAAAAUGUUUCUGUAAAAGGAACUAUGUCUAAUGUAUACAUUUUGCAAUAGCCUUCCUGUUUCUGGGAACCCUCAAGAGGAACAGGAGACUCAAAUAGUUGAUACAGAUCACAACCACUGUUAUAGUUAUAUUUCACCUUGACCUUAAAAUUCAGAUCAUUAGAACUUAGGCUGACUUUUCUUUUGGAGCUAAAAUGAGUCAAAGGUGGUUUAACUGUACCUUAUUUAUUUUAAAAAAGAUUUACACAAGUUUCUCUGUUACAGCACUUUAUCCGUGCAUCUAAUAAAUUUCUUAAGCUUUUCA